AAAAGAGAAAAGCACACACUUUCACUUAUGGACCCAUUUGUCCCCGACCUCUCAUCUCCUUCUCUCUCUCUCUCUUCAAGCCCUAAAAAUUCACGCAUUUUGCACUGCAAGUUCGCUGAAUCCCGUUCCUAUCUCUCUCUCUCCGUUUGUUUCCCAAGAAAUUCACUCGAAUCAAAGCUUAAAUUUCGGAUCUUACAGCUGUCUCUUCGGUAGAGGAGACGAUGAGCAGAGAACACCCGCCCGAGCCCCUUGAUUUCUUCAUCUGGACUGUUGAGGAUGUUGGAUCUUGGCUUGAGGAGAUAAACCUUGGGAGCUACCGCCAGAUUUUCAAAGAAAACGGUGUGAACGGAGAGUAUCUAGAAAGCAUGUCUGUGUUUACAACCGAACAGAUCCUUCACUUCAUAAGGAGGCAUCACAUGAAAUGGGGAGACUUCAUCACCCUCUGUAAAGAGCUCAGAAGGAUUAAAGUGGCUUGCUUGAAAGGGGAGCAGAGAGUUCGACGGCCAUGGUGGGCACCAUCUUGUCUCUCAGUAGUCUUUGUUAAGGCGGCUAAGCGCAACCGACAGUCUCGUGUUGUAUCUCUAAAGCUUGAAUCUUGACAUUACACUUUGCCUGUUUAUGUACUUACUUUACUCUCUCUUCUCUUCUUUUCUUUUCCUUUUUUUUUGAUUUGGGUUUUGUUUGUGGAGAUCAAAGCCACAUGCACUAGGAAGAAACAAACUCAAGCCACAAUGCUGUUUGGCUUGGUAGAAUCUUGCGAAGGGAAAAAAAAAAUUUAUGGGUUUUGUGCUUGGGUGUAUACAAAGCUUUCUCUGAUAUGUUUAAUUAUGGCUUGUGCAAUAUAUAUGUGACGGAUAAUAGUAUGUCUAAUCCGAAGUAGUAUGAUUAUUUGUGGAAAAUCCUUGAAGAGGAAGAAAUUAAACUUGUAAAUACGUUCCUAUGAUAUUGGACACUAGUGAAAUUAUA